AUGAUGAUAUAUAAAAUUUUUAUUAUAAUAAUUAUAAUAUUGAUCAAUAAUAAUGAUCGGAAUAAUUUGUUUGUAAAAUCACAAUUUUUACCAGCAUCACCCAAUCCAAUUGAUAGAUCCUAUCGUUGUGAAAAAUAUAUUGGAAAUACGAAAUGUGAUGGAUUUAUUUUUGAUUCAAAUUCAAUUUAUGUAAAUGAUACAGAUACUCAAAAAUUAGCAAAUGAUACUGUUGAAUUAUUAUUAAAAUUUGCAGGUACCAUUGGUAGUUCAGAUUGUAAAAGCCUUUCAACAGUUUUAUUUGUAUGUAAUACUUUUUUUAGAUCAUGUGUCGAUGUUCCAUUAGAUGAUGGAAGCAGUUUAGCCUUGCCAAUUAAACCAUGUUUCGAUGAUUGCAGUUUAUCAACAGGUGCAUGCAGUGUAUCCGCUUUAUUAGAUUGCUCAGCUAAAUAUCCAGCACAAGCAGAUCAAGGUGAUAUUUAUCAGUUCCCAAAAACCGAAAAUACUUAUAAUUUAGUUCCCUAUGAUGGCCAAGCUAAUUUCGUUCAACAAUGUUUAGAUAUCGAUACAAUGAAAGCUGGUUCAAAUUCAGGAAACUAUAUACCAAAUAAUAAUAUUACAGGUAUUUUCCCAAAUGAAUGUACAGCGCCAUUAAUCAAAAGAGUUUCUACCAAUAGAAAGGAAGAUGAAAAAUUAGGUUUUCAAUAUUUGACACCUGAUUCAGAUUGUUUAGUGCCAUGUCCAAUCCCAUUCUUUUCAAAAAGUGAAUGGAGCUCCUUCAAGCAUUUAACUACAGUCUCUGGUUCCAUUGCUUUUGUUUGUGUUUUCUUUAAUAUUUUUACAUAUGGCUUUUUAAAUACAAAACACGAUCGUCAUACAAUUGGUAUUCUAUGUUUAUCAUUCUCUUUAUGGAUUUGUAUGGUUUCAGAUUUAAUUGUCGCCUCAAGUGAUGACUUUUCAUUGGUUUGCCCAGAACCAGGUAGAUUUGCAAGACAACACGAUACAAGAUGUGCUGCUAAUGGUAUUAUUUUCCAAUUUGGUGCUGUAAAUACUGUAAUGUUUUGGUCGGUUAUGGCUUUCGAUUUAUGGUUGGUUAUCAAGAAGUUAUCACCAUCAAGAAAUAUGGUAAAAUUUUAUAUUAUAGCAAUUGAAGUUUUAGCAGUUAUAUUUACAAUUUUACCAAUUAUUUGGAAACAAUAUGGUUAUGGUUUUGGUGGUGUAGGUUGUUGGGUUUUAUCUGAUGGAUGGCAAAAUGGUGUAUUUUGGAUUCCCUUAACAGUUUGUUUAUUUAUCGGAACAUCAUUCAUUUGUUUAAUUUCAUUUGAAAUUUAUAGAAUUGUUAGAAAUGUUGGUAAAGGAGCAGCGGGUGUAUUAAAAGUUAAUAUUAGACCAUUUUUAAUUAUUUUAUUCAUCUUUGGUGAAUAUGUCUAUUUAUUCAUUUACCAUUUCUAUGUACAACACAAUACUACUAAAUUUACAAAUAAUAUUAGAGAUUGGGUUAUUUGUUUACAAAGCAAGGGUUCAGAUGAGUUAUGUAAAAGACCAGAAACAAUUGGAUAUGCAUCUCAAUUUAUAUUUUUAUUUUUCCUCCGUUUAUUAGGUAUCGAAGUAUUAAUUUUUUAUGGUAUAAACACAAGAACAAAGAGAAUUUGGAAGGAAUCAAAACUAUUUAAUAGUAAAUACUUUAAAGCCAUCAGAGAAAAAUUAUCAUCAAUGUCAUCCAAAGGUGCCACAUCAAGUACAAAGGGUGCUCAAACUACAACAAAUAAUUCAGACUAUAACACUUCUCAAUUAAGUGUAGAGUUAUCACAAAAUACAAAGGGUUAUUACGACAUAGAAGAUGAUUUAUAG